AUGGCUUCCACGGUCUCGGGUCGCGACUUUGGUCUCGGCAUUCUAGUAGGCGCCGUGGCUGCGCUCCUGCUGGCGUCCCUCAUCGCCGCGCUGGUCCUGCGCUCGACGGACAUCUACAGCCUGGGCCACUGGAAGCUCAACCUGCGAACGCCACUGGAGUCCAUGUGGAUGAACCUUGGCUACUGGAAAACAGCACAAGGAACGCCCGUGGACCAUUUUCCCGACGCCUGCCUCGGGCUGCUGACGGAGAUCUUGACGACGGCAGGUCUCCUGAAGCGAGACUCAACCGGAGUAAUUAAACCCCAGGCACGCGGGCCUAUCUCGGUACUCGAUCUCGGUUUCGGCUGCGGUGACCAGACGCUCGCCAUUGCGCGCCUCAUUGCUCCGUCGUGGCCCGACUUUCGCUACGUCGGCCUGACCCUCAAUCAGUCACAGCGCCAGACCGCCUCCCGAGCGCUGCACCGCGAGGCGUCAUCCGGAAGCAUCGACGCCCCAGACCAAGCGUCUUUCAAGCUGUUCUGCGCUGACGCCGCCAGACCGGGUACCUGGAGCCCAGCCGUUCGCAAUGCCAUGCAAGAGCUGGCGGACAAGCGGUUCAAGGAGCGGUGGCUGCUGGUUCUUGACUGUCUCUACCACUUCUCACCGUCGAGGAAGCCAGUCUUGAAGCUUGCAGCGCGCAAAUUCAGUGCCAACCUCAUGGCCUUUGACCUCAUUCUCAAUGAGAAAGCCUCUUGGAGAGAUACGGCGCUUGUGAGAAUCGUGGGCCUCAUGAUGAACUGCCCGCUUUUCACCUUCCUCACAGAGGGGCAGUACCGACAGCAGUUGGCGCAAUGUGGUUACGACCCGGAACAGACGGUCAUCCGCGACAUUUCAGACGAUGUGUUCGCGGGCGUCACGGAUUACCUGCAGCGGCAAGAACGAGCUCUGAGCCCGUACGGGAUAUCAAUUGGGGGAUUCAAGCUGGCGGGGCGGCUGUUUGGCUGGUUCGACCGAUCCAGGAUCGUCAAGGCCGUCAUCGUCGUCGGGCGGGUGAAGAACGAAUGA